UGGCGGUCAAUUCGUGAGCUUCUCCUCGGCGCCCUUCGUUUAAAAACAGUCGGGUGAUCCGUCCGAUGAUAGUAUCCAAGUUUGCCCCUCGAUAGUCCUGCGGUAGCCUCAAUUUAAUCCGUCUGGUCGCCAUGUUCUCUCUCCGUAUGCUCUUGUUCGUGACAGCCGUUUUGUCCAUUGUGUCCAUUCUGCGUUGCAUCUGGGUCGCCGUAUAUCGACUGUUCUUCCAUCCCUUAGCCACUGUACCAGGCCCACUUGUUGCUCGAGCCACACAUUUGUAUGCCUUUUGGCACAACAUGCAUGGUGGAUCAUUCUAUCUCCAGGUUCAGAAGUUGCACCAGCAAUAUGGCCCCGUUGUUCGUAUCACGCCGGACGAGAUCCACCUCAGCGAUCCCGAAAAUUGUGAGAAAAUAUACUACAUAGGGUCAGGGUAUGGCAAGGACCCCGACUUCUACGGUGCGUUCGGCACCAAGAAGGCGACCUUUACCACGCCGAGCCCUGACGUUCACCGAGUGAAGCGGUCGGCCUUGAACCCCUUUUUCUCACGCAAAAGGGUUCUUGAACUGGAAGAUAUUGUGCAGGAGAAAGUGGACACACUGGUCAAACGUAUGAAGGAGGCUUUCAGGUCGACAGGUCAGAUUGACUUGCAUCAUGGCUUCCGGGCUAUCUCCGUGGAUGUCAUCACCGAUUAUGCUUUUGACGACUGCUAUGGGUUCCUCGGUCAAAAGGACUUUGGGGUUGCAUUCUUUGAAAUGAUCCGGGGAUUUGGCCCGGCAUUCUGGUUCUUCCAGCAGUUCCCGGCUUUACAGGAGCUUUCACUCAGCACGCCGUUCUGGUUAGCCAAACUGAUCAGUGAGCCCUUAUCAAGAAUGAUGCUGCAUCACGAGGGGUCUCGUCGUCAAAUAUGCAAAGUGAAGGACGCGGUUGAUCGGGGCGAGAAAGGGAGUCGGUCGACUAUCUUCCAUCAGCUUCUUCACCCAGAGGCUGCUGAGGGCCAUGUGGUACCCACGGUAGAGGAGCUCAAGGACGAGGCGUAUAUCAUGGUGGCCGCCGCUGCGGACACGACCGGAAAUGCACUGACGAUCGCUAUUUACAAUGUUGUGCGCAGUCCAGAGAUCUACAGGCAGUUAACGGAGGAGCUGCAGCAGACGUUCCCUGAUUCAGAAGGGCCUAUCGAUUUUGUGGUCUUGGAGAAACUGCCUUAUCUGACCGCUGUCAUCAAGGAAGCUCUUCGGUUGUCAUGUGGAGUCCCCGGUAGGCUCCCUCGAGUCGUACCCGAAUCCGGUGCUGAGUUCAAUGGAUAUUAUGUUCCUGCCGGGACUGUCGUUAGCAUGAGCUCGUGGACAAUGCACCAUAACGAAGACCUGUUCCCGCAAUCGGAGAUAUUUGAUCCAAACCGAUGGAUGGAUCCAGCUACGAGCAAGACCAUGGACAAGUACCUCUUCUCCUUCGGCAAGGGGUCCAGGCAGUGCAUUGGGAUGCCACUUGCGUAUUGCGAGCUGUAUGUAACCAUCGGCCGAGUAUUCCGACAGUAUGACGACUUAAAAACGGCCCGGAAGAGCCGCGAGGAGUUGAGGUACAACGACUACUUCUCCUCCUACCAUACGAAGGGACACACCCAAUUUAUCUUUGAGCGGGCAGGCUGAUUGCCUUGUAUGCCGUUCAUUGCACGACUUCUACAUCUUAUCUUCAGCCUCUAGAUGAUACCACAGCGCCACGCCUCUACCGAGUGUCCCUAGUAUAUGACACUAUUGGUCCUGCUAAAGCCAUUUACUCUAUUAGUCCAAACAAUU